UGGCCUGUCCCAAAAACAAGACAAAAACAAAUUUCACAUACAAAGGGACGUAAAUACUAGCGUGUGCUCUGUUAGCGACGACCGAUCCGUUCAUCUCUCCACUAGCUGUUUAACCGCAGACAAAGAUGGUUUCUCCUGUCACUGUGACGCAUGCUAUCUGCCAAAGAGAGGCAUCCCAGUUCAUGCAGUUUCACUUGACAUGACUUCAGUUUUGCUGACAUAAUCAAGAUUGCAAAGCAAAGCAUUUUAAUGUCCUCUGUCUUUAACACACACACACACACACACAUAUAUAUAUAUAUAUAUAUAUAUAUAUAUAUAAUUUUAAUUAUAUGGUGUCUGACCUACUAAAUAUAUUUACAGUUGAACUGUUUUUUUUUUUUUUUGGUUUUUUUUUUUUGGUUUAAGAAAUGUUGUCACAUGUUUUAACUGUGUAAUUUUAUACAAUGUAUUAAUUAAAGAAAUAUUUCACCCACAAAAUUAAAAUUCACACACCCUCAGGCCAUCCAAGAUGUAAAUGUGUUUGUCUUCAUUUGGAACAGAUUUGGAGAAAUGGAUCCUUUGCGGUAAAUAAAUUCUGUCACAAAAAGAGUCCAAACAGUUGAUAAAAUUAUUACUAAUUACAUUCUAAAUCCCAUAUCAAUCUCGACCAGUUGAACGAUACAAUGAUAAACAUGAAUCUGCUUUUUUAAUUCUUUCAAAUAAAUAAUAUUUAAUUUCAUAAAUUAUUCUUGAACUUUAUAAGUAUCCAAAGGGAGUUUACAUUAAAAACAUACAUACAUUUACAUUAGAUGCUAAAUUCGGAUGUUAAAUACACUAUUGUUUUACAUAGAAUUGUUCUAUAGUCUAUACAGUAUUUAAUGUAAUUAUUUCAGAAGUAACUGUAAUUAAAAUACAGGGAGGAAAAAAAUCAUAGUAAUCCCUCACUUUACUUUUUCAAGAGAAAAUCGGUAUAUAUAUAUAUAUAUAUAUAUAAUCAGUUAAUUAGUAAUACAUUACACCCAACAACAUAGGUAAUGAACAAAUCCAACAUGAUGUUUUUUUUUUUUUUACUUCAAAUCAUUGCUUCCAUCUAAAAUAUAAUAUUCCAUAUAUUGCAUAUAACAAGUCAUGUUGUCUGAAUCAAGAAAGAAAACGGACGUAUCAAGCACCUUUUGUAAGCAAAAGCAAAAUGCCUUAAUGAUGAAUUUGUUCUACAAACACAGUUUUCAGCUCAUGUUAAUAGAUGUACUGGAGUGGUGUGGAUUAUUGUGAUGUUUUUAUCAGCUGUUUGGACUCUCAUCCUGACGGCACCCAUUCACUGCAGAGGAUCCAUUGGUGAACAAGUGAUAUAAUGCUAAAUUUCUAUGUUGUGUUUGUAUGAUUCUUAAACUUAAUUUUAGAAAAUAAUCUUUCAGGGCAUGCACUUCUCCAAAGUGAUUUAACAUACAGUAAACCACAAAGCUUUACCACCCCUCAUUUUAAAGAUCAGCACUAAAUGUUUACAUUAUAAAUAAAUCAUGCUGUCUGCAGACAAUAUCCUUACUUUAACUGGCUAGAAAUCAGAAGCACUUAUUUCACAGUGUCUCUGUAUUUCAGUGUGACCUUUCUCAGACUGCGGGGUACGCCAGAAUCUGAUUAAAAUAUACACUUGCUAACAAUAGCCUUUUUCCACUUCCCCCACGGGCAAAGACUCAAACUACAAAUUCCAAGACUAAGCAACGGACAUGGACUAAGAAGAGGAUUAGGACAAGAAAAGUUAAAUCGUUUCGUUAAUAUGGGUCAUUGUAGUAGUUUUCCUUGUUACAUAAGUAGUAUGUUGUGUAUCGUGCCACUGAAUCUACUUCUUCCAAUAUAAAAGUACAGAGAUUACGCGUAUAAAAGGCAAGUGUUAUUAUUGUUUAUAUUUACUGUUAGUGAUUUGUUCUUAUUUUUCUAAAGAACAUGACCUACGAUUUUAGAAAAUGUCCUGCCAAAUGUCUGAAAAAAAAAAAAAUACAAUAGACUUACAGUGAAGGAGGAACCCAAGUCAUAUCUAAAGACCGUAAUAUCAUAGAGAUCUGGGGGUGGGCUCUUUUGACCUAAGCAUCCACCUAGCAACCACCAACAACACCCCAGCAACCACUUAGCAAUACCCUUGCAACCAGCCCAGAACACUCUAGAAACCCUCCAGCAAUACUCGACUAGCAAGCCUCCUAGACCGCCAUAGCAAUACACUCUUAAAAAUAAACGUGCUUCACAAUGCCAUAGAAGAACCUUUUUGUCUAAAUGGUUCUAUAAAGCACCUUUAACAUCUGAGGAACCUUUCUGUUUCACAAAAGGUUCUUUGUGACAAAAGAAGGUUCUUCAGAUUAUAAAAAGGUAAGAAACAGAUGGUUCCUUAAAGAACCUUUGACUGAAUGGUUCUUUGUGGAACCAAAAAUGGUUCUUCUUUGGCAUCGCUUGAAGAAACCUUUAUUUUUAAGAGUGUACCCUGGAAAUAAUUUCCUUCGGAGUAUGAUAAAAUCUAGUUCUACAAGUACUAGUUGCACAUAAUUAUAUGUAAGAAUUCCUUUUUUCAAGAUUAGACGUGUUGCAACUAUAUGACAACUGCUUAAUGUGAUGUAAAAUCUAGAAUCACCCAUUGAACUCUUCCAGAAUCAUCCAGUUUUGUAAUGAGGAGGUUGUGCAAUCCGACACAUAUGGAUCACCAAAGAACAAAGAAAUAUAUUUGGGAAGUACUGUAAGUCAUUACUUCCUCCUUUAGGGUUUCUUGGUUUGGCGGUGACUAUCCAAACCAUCUGUUUGAGUUUAGUUAAAGAUGGCACUCUAGGCAAAAGGCCCAAUUCUAAACUAUUUUUCAAGGGACAGUAAACUUUGACAUAUUUCUUGGGUUUGUUAUAAUUCUGAGACUUAGUAAUUGUCAUAGUUGUUAUUCAUGGUAUCUCACAUUUCCAUGAAAACACGUGGAUCACAUUACAGUAAGUGCUUCUUUUUAAGUGUUUUUCUCUCCUCUGAUUGUUAAAUACAAGAACGGCUCUGUGUCAGUCUUUCUUACUCACAUGAUGGUGUGUUUCACUUCCCAUGAAUGCAACUUCAGUCUCUCUUCUGUCAUGCAGGUCAAGAGCGAGGGUCCAAAGCUUGUUCCGUUCUUCAAAGCCACUUGCGUCUACUUUGUUCUGUGGCUGCCCACCUCGAGCCCCUCCUGGUUCAGUGCCCUCAUCAAAUGCCUGCCCAUCUUCUGUCUUUGGGUUUUUUUGCUCGCCCAUGGCAUCAGCUUUUUAGGUGCCCACUCCAGUGCCAGGAAAAUCCUGGCAGGACUUAUUUUUUCAGCUUUGGGUGACGCAUUUCUCAUCUGGCAAGAACAAGGCUACUUUAGUCAUGGACUGCUAAUGUUCGCCAUCACCCACAUUCUCUACUCUUCGGCCUUUGGGAUGAAGCCCCUCAACUUGAGAGCAGGUCUGGUCAUCGCUGUCAUCUCAGGCAUCAGCUACACCCUUCUGUACCCCUACCUCUCUGGUCCCUUCACCUACCUAGUGGCUGUUUACAUCGCUCUCAUCGGCUUCAUGGGCUGGAGGGCCAUCGCUGGAGUCCAGCUCGCCAAUGACCUCUGGACCUGGACGAAACUGUCGGCCUGCCUCGGAGCCGUCCUCUUCAUGGUGUCCGACCUCACCAUUGCCGUCAACAAGUUCUGCUUCCCAGUUCCCCACUCCCGAGCCAUCAUAAUGGCCACCUACUAUGCUGCCCAGAUGUUGAUCGCACUGUCGGCUGUGGAAUGUCAAGACGUCGAUGCGGCUCGGAAAAGAGCCUGAGGAACCACACAUUAACCAACCUUCCCCUAAUGACUCAACCUCAUUAGCAGCUACACAGGUUCCACUUUCUGCAACCCCUGGUGCAUCCACAGUUCCCUCGUCUGACCACGACCAGGAUACAUUGGUUAUAGUUGAGGAAUUGCCUGUUUAGGAUCAUGUGAGACCAAACCAAUGGGAGUAUUCCAUGCUGGAUUCAUUUACAAGGUUAGAUAGUCUUGGAGUCUUAAUCAGGUUGACUCUUGACUUAGUCAGGUCUCUUUCCAUACUUACAAUACUGCAUUUGCUUUCUGUAGUAGUGCCACCAUCUUUCUGGUAUUGAGAAAGGAAAGACGGACGAGUUUUGGCCUUCUGGUUACUAGUUUCAAAUAUUCUGUUUUUCUCAACUUAUAGUACCCCACUUGCUUUCUUAUUAAGUGUUGUCUCCAUUUCGACUGAGACUAUCCCAUUGUCUUCUCAAUGUCUCCGAUAUCUUGUCCACUUCAGAAAGUCCCUGAUGGCUUAUAUUGUGAACAAAGAGUGAGUCUUGAGUGACCAGUGUUUGUCUGUAGAAUGGACUAGCAAACAAUACAAAGUAGUUCAGAUUCUUCUUAGGGGGCUGGUUUCCCCGUCUCACUGUAGAUUUCCCAAAUCUAAUCAGAGAGCAGCAUGAAAGCCAUGUCACAUUCUAAAGCACAUAUGUUAGCAUAAUGCUGCUGUACUUAAAUUCAAUGCACAAGUCCUUGUCAUAGUAUUGUGAGGUAUACCUUAUCCUGUGUCACUGACACAUUGCAAAGUCAUUUUGUUUUAUAACUUAGUUUAGAGUUAGUACCUCCAUGCCUGCAUACACAUGUGCUGGAGAAUUUGUCUUGUCAAGCCCAAUUGACUGCUACCAGUGCUAGUGUUGUCUCUGGAGUAGAUGAAGGCCGUAUCCUACACUACGUUCUGAGACAUGACCAAUACCAAUAUGAAAACAUGAGACUCUCAUAAAAAUGGAUGUUGGUCUCUUUCUUGGAGGGGAUUCGGUGACAGUGUCUGUUAUCUUUGUCUUAGGUUUCUGCCAAGUCAGCAGCAUUGCUCAGUACCUCUACCACAAGGAAACGGCAAAUAAGUACAAGUUGAACUAUUUAUUUUGUCUGUAUAGUAUCAGAUAAUGUUUUUAAAAAGGGUGUGAUGUCAGACGAUACACAUGUAUCAAGCUUCCAACCACUUUCCUUUUGUCUAUUGCCAGUAGGAAGCGUUUUACUCAAGGGAAAGUGGGAAGCCCUGUGGUGGGCGAAUAGACAUCUGUGUCAUCAGCUUUAGAUUAGCUGGUAUUUUAUUUUUAAGCCAGUAUUUUUUUUAAUUCUCACUCUUUUCUCAACUCAUUCACAACCAAUCCUCCACCUGAAAAUAUGUGAAAAUUUCACAACGUGAAUAUUUCACAGUACAGUGUUAUCCUUUUUAUUGUGUGUGAUACUGUUUUUUUUUGUUUGUUUUGUUUUUUUGGGUUUUUAGCUGAGUCACAUACUUGGGUGAAUCACAACAUAUUUUAAGUCAUAUUUCACUACAAAAUAAAAAGUAUAUAUUUUGCAUAAAGAAAAUGUCUUUUAGUAUCUUAAAGUUUUUGUGUAUUAUUUUAUUUGUGUGUUACUUUUGUUUGUAAUUGUCAUUAUUCUUAGUCCAUGUCUGUUGAUUUUCAAUAAUGUGUAGGUGCUAAUAGCCUCGCGGUUAGUGCGCCGACGUACAGCGCAAUUGUGCUCACGGCGACCAGAGUUCGAAUCCUGGCUUGGGUCCUUUGCCGAUCCCGCUCCCCUCUCUCUUCACCCAAAGCUUUCCUGUCUACUCUACACUGUCCUGUCCAAUUAAAGGCAUAGAAAGCCCAUAAAUAAAUCUUAAAAAAAAAAAAAGAUUUUCAAUAAUGUGUAAUUCUGUUUUUUUCCUCUAUGGUACAACAAAUACAAAAAUUAAUUCAUAUAAUUAAUAAGAACUUAAUUGACAUAUUAAAUGUCAAUAUCAGUCAAUAAAAGUAGUACUAAACUAGGCUUCAUUUUAUUUAUGCAAAAUAUUCAACUAUAAAUAUUAUAUUCUUUGGAGUGAAAUAUGACUAGGACAUUUUCUUGACAGGCUUUGUAAGAUUUAACACAAACACCACAUGUACUGUAUCUAUGAUCAGUUGAUUUGAACUGAUUGUUGUUUUUAUAUAUAAAUCUCAAUAAGGGAUCAUCAGCUGAUCCUUCACUGAUACUAACUGAGGGAACCAUCAGUCAUGAUGGAAAAUAUAGCUUGAGCUGAUAUGUGCUCAGCUGCUGUACCCUCAGGUGGGAGUGGAAAUGAGCUUUGAAUGCAAACACAGCUGAUCACUCAGCAAUGGUCCAUUUUGAAGUGAUACGACGUCUUUAACCUGGUCGUGAUGCACGGGACAGCAAUAUCCAGUGGUGGACUAGCAGUAGACUCGAAAAUGGUGCCGUAUUCUUGUGUACACUCUUGGGUUUUUUCAUUCAAAGACUUGUUUUCAUGCACAUCAAAUUAAAUAAGGUGUCUACCCAACCCUGUUGGCCAUUGCGUCCAACACAUUGUUACGCACAUAAAUGCUACUGUCGUUAUCAACACGCACACACUCAGCUCGACCACUGAGCUCUCGAGAAACAGCGAGGCUAGUUUGACACGUUUGCUUUAUGCCAAGUUUCAUAGGUUCCCUAUUCAGGAGUCACAUUGUCAGCAAAACAUUUCAGCUUAGUCGUAAAACCGUACGUGAUUUGCAGGGUCAUCAAACAGCAUGUCUCUUCAGAGCCAUUGUGUGUCUAGCUGCAAAUCGGUGAUGUGUUUUGAAGGUCUGCGGCGGAACAACAAGUUAUAAUUGUUUGUUUGAUGGUUUUCAUGAAAAUAAGAGUUGGAAAGACCCCAGAGUGUUCCCCUGAAUCACAUUUUAGGGGAAAACAGACUUUUUAGUGAUUCCGAGUCACUUCUUAUAGUAAAUGUUAUGUAACCGUUGUUUGAUGGCAAUAUUCCUGCUUAGCAUUUCUUUUCUUCCUUGUAUACAACCUGCUGUCAAUCUCCCAGAUGGUUAGAAUUCGACCUCGCCUGGUCGGUUCCUUCUCUAUUGUGUUAAUGCGAACUCCAUAGAGGAGAACAGGUGCCUUCUGUUUCCAUCACUGAAAUGCUGUCUGUUGAGAAGUGUGGAGACAGUCACUGGCACGGGGAAGAUUUCCUUUCCAUCUGGCUUUGCUUUAGUCCGCCACCUUAUUCAAAUGGCAAUGAGCGCGAUCGUUUUACCCCCUCUGUCAGCGCUUGUGCGUUUGAUGCUUUUGUGUCGAGUUGAGGGGAUGAAACAGAAUGCUGGGAGUUCAGUGGGUUCAGUAUUGAUGACAGUGUUUAGGUAUAGCGAUCCUGUUGUUGAAGAUAAUGAGGAAUAAACCACUUGGUUCAAAGCACACCAUUGAGUGACGUAAAUAUCUGCACUUUUUUCAUUUUAUCUCUUUGUUACCUUCCUGAAAUUCUGUAUUUGAAAUUGAGGCCUGAAAUGUACUCUACACAAAUGCUUGACGCAAUUCCCAAAGGCCAAUUUUGUGCAUAACUGUGCUUUCCCAAAUGUCAGGUUACAAUUCAUAAAGUGACGCAAGUAUGUGCUGCAUUCUCAGCAUUGCCACAAGGGCCACUAUAAGCUAUGUUGUUGUUUUGUUUAGUUUUUUCUUUCACAUCAAUCGUUGUCAUUAAAAAGCUACAGUUUGAAGAGCAUCUUACUGAGCAAUUUAGUUUAAAGGGUUACUCCAUCCCAAAAAUGAAAAUUUUGUCAUUAAUCAUAUACCCCCAUAUCGUUCCAAACCCGUAAAAGCUUAGUUUGUCUUCUGAACACAAAUUAAGAUAUUUAGGAUGCAUUCUGACAGCUCUCUGACCCUCCCAUAGACAGCAAUGGAAUUAACAUGAUCAACGUCCAGAAACGUAGCAAGGAGAUCGGUAAAAUAAUCCAUGUGACAUCAGGGGUUCAACUGUAACUUUACGAAGCUACGAGAAUACUUUUUGUGUGCAAAGAAAACAAAAAUAACGACUUUAUUCAACAUUUCAUCUCCUCCCCGUCAGCGUAGUGUGAUUUUGGAGAGUAUCCACUGAACGCAAACUGCGUAUGCUGUUCUGUGUCAGCCGGACCACACAGAUAAGUGUAAACGACGUAAACAGCGCAUCCAUGUGGUCCGGCUGAAUGUGAUUCCAACAAUAUAUUGCUCCUCUGUGACAUUAACAUUAUAGCUGUGAUGUGGACCUUAUUGUCAUAGAAUACGAUUUUGUUUUACUUUUUCGUUCACAACAAAAUGAGAACUAAAAAGAUAGCUGUAACAAUGACUAUAUUAGCUUCCACACCAGUGGAUGAUAACUUUCCGAUAAUUUUUUUUUAUUUUAUAAGCGCACCGUAGUUUUGUUGCCUGCCACUUUAAAUGCUCAAGCUCUUUAAAGUCAAAUGGAUUCUGAUUAGUUGUCAAUAUUUUUAUCAUUCAUCACUUGGAGGAAAAUGUGUCCUAGAAUUCAAACGAUUUUUAAAACUUUAUUGUUAUCGUCUCUUGUGUGAACGGCCCUGUACUCACGUACAGUAAAUUUCUGGCCUUCCAGUGGUGUGCAAUACAGUUUCGUACCCUGUGGAUAAAGUUCUCAACCAUGUCGAAUUUUCAAUUCUUCUGUCCUUUCAAUUCUAUUAAUUUUUGUGUCACAGUAUAGGGCACCUUUUAAAUGCACUUUGCUAGAGAGGUUAAUAUAUUCCUUUGUCCUAUUGUUGCCAUUUUAUUUGACUAAAUUAAAACUUUUUUGUUCCCAAACCUAGUGAGCUACCAUGCUGUCUGCUGUCUAAAUCAGCAGCUGCCUUCUCCUAUGUGAGAUCAAACAUCAGUGACGGGAGUCUUGCAUUAGCAUGUUGCUAACACAGUAGCUACUGUCACAAUAGAUCAUUUUAUUUUGAUUGAACUAGUGUUUAUUGACGUGUUUUCAGUAUUGAGUGAAAUUGAAGUAUUUAUAUGUAACAUUUCUUUCGUCCUCCAUCUUGGAUUGAUUUUUCACGCAGUGCAUUCUGGGAUUGUUUUUUCUUUGAAAGUUACUUGCAGUGCCAUUUUAAGGUAUCCUGGUUGUCAUCCUUCACAACUUGCCUGAAAUGCUGUCUAGGUAGGUAGCUCACUAGGUUUAAGCUUUCAGAUAUUAGAUUUGGAAAAAACUGAAAUUUUUUUUGCUCUUAUUUUUUACUAUUUGUGAUUGUUUUUGCUUUCUAACAUUUGCUGCGAACAUUGCGCACAAUCACAACUUUACCAAGUUUGUUUUAUAUUACUCUGUGUCACCUCUGCCUUUUAAGAGUAAAUCAAAGGGUAGUUGCUGUUACUAGCAUCGGAUAUAGUAUAAUCUGGGUUGGUUCCAUCUUAUGAGAAAGUGAUACCAACAUAUUAACAUUAAUAUUAACCGUAGGUGACUCUAACUGCUGUCCAGUACUAAUAAGCAAAUAUUGCAAGUGUAGUCAUAUGUUGGUAAAUCACUAGUUUCAGAAAAGUAUAUAAGAUGGACCAAUGUUAUUAUAGAGUUCUUAGGAAUCAAAUAUAUGUAACAUUUUAUGACUAUGCUGUAUGUAAAAUGUAAGGCAGUGACAAUACUUUGAGUAGUAAAAGCUGUGCGGUAAUGAAUACAAUCUUUAAAAAUAGAAGAAAAAAUAAGUGGUUUAAUGGUCUGAAGUCUGUGAACAAUAAGGGAAUAAGAAUAAGGGAAACUCUUAUUUUUUUGGAGUACCUCUCUCUUUCUCUUGCUAUAUAUCUAUAUAUUUUUUACAGUUGACCCUUAACAUUGUGAAGUUAUUAUUCUGUUUGUGAACGAAUGCUGUUAUUUUUUGCUGAGCAGACGCGAGGUCUAUUCAAUAUUUUGCCUUAUUGUUAUAAUGUCCAGUAGUUUUAAUUCCUUUCGUUAUUGUUGUUAAAAGACUGUAGUGCUCAUUUACUAUAGUGAUACUGCUAUGAAUGUGAUUUAGUUCAAGUGAGAAAUAAAUGCAACUGCAAUGCAACUGAAAAUGUG